GCAGGCAGGCAGGCACGCCGGCUGCACACCGCCGCACGCACUGCAGACGACGCGACGCAGUCCUCGUGCGCCACAUCGCUCUCUCGCUGUCCACCUUGAAGCAGAGCUUCAUCUUGUUCCCAAGAGCCAGGAUCUCGCCGCUGUCCGGGUCGAAGACUUGUUCAACAGCCCCACGCCUUCGGUUCCUAGUGUUUGCAGGAACCGUUCCAUGGCUACAGCAGUUUGGUGUAUGCUGCGAUGUGCUAAAAAGCAGCCCUGUGUCGACGGAUACAGCAAUUUGUGCAAGCUGCUACCGAGUUCAAGUUUAGAGACUAGUUUGUUUCGCCUGCCCUGUCUUUGACAGCACGGCCAGUGUUACUUUGGCGGCGAUUUGACCUCGUUUGACGACGAAAAUCGCUCCCUUGGCGUACUAGUGCCAUCACCAUCAUCCCAGUGAACGCUACCAAAACAAGCCACCGUGCCCGCGGAAUUCUACUCUAAUUCGACUCGUUGCCUGAUUUGACUCCCUCCUCGUCACCAUGAGCCUGACCCAGACCACCACGACGCGCGUGGAGGCCCUGCAGCACCGCCUGCAGCCCGCCACGCCCGCGCCCGGCCUCCAGGGCCUCCAGGGCCUGCAGGGCGUGCAGCAGGUGCGGUUCCGCGCGGCGGCCUCCGCCAGCAUGCCCGCCGCCGCCAUGACCGCCUCCACCGCCAACACAUCGGUCCCCACGCUGACCCGGCGGUUCUCCUUCGUCUGGCCGUUCAUAUCAAAAGAGAACGCGGCCGGCGCGGAGCCCUUCCUCAAGUCGCGCUGCUCGCAACUGCUGCGCCAGUUCCCCGCCUUCCUCUGCGCCCGCCAGAACGAGAGCACCCGGACCGUGCGCGACCUGAUCUCAAGGGUGUUGACGCAGCUCAAGGCCGUCUGGCUGGUGCUGGCCGUGUACAUGUCCCUGGUGGUGCUGCUGUGCCUCGCCUCCUCCGUGCUCUACACCCUGGUGCUGGCGCCCAAGCCGCUGGGCCUGGUGUUCCUGGUGGGGUGCGUGGCGGCCACCGGCGCCAUCGCGGCCGUGUCGUUCAACGCCAAGGAGCGCGCGCGGCCGCAGCAGCAGGCAGUGCGGCCCGCGCAGCCCGAGCUGGCCGUCCCCGCCGUGACGCUGCAGGUGCCCAAGCUGAUCCUCACCUAGGAGUGCCGCCACACUGCGCGAGCUGGUCCGGCGGGUAGGGCGCCCUCCCGGUGGUCGGUUCGUCGCGGCGCCGCCUGGCUGUCCUUCGAGUGCGUGUUGGAGCCGCGCAGGACCGACCAGCGGCAGACAGACAGACAGUGGAGUCCCAGGCUCUUUUGACUUCGAGGGCCCGCCUCCUGCCUGGACCUCAGCGCCGCGGACUUUUCUCGUUAAUUAAGAUUUCAUCCUAUUAAGUUAGGUUUACGAAUUAUGUAUCAGGGUACGUUUUAAGUUGCUUGUGGGCCAUAUUGUUCUGACGUGAGUGAAAUGUGAGGAAAAGAAGCUUUUUUGUUGUAUUUUUUUUGUCAGACCUGUUUUGACUGUUUUAGGGCUCUUACAUAUGUUUUGGACGUGUUCCUAAACUCUUAUAUUCACAUUAUUUUUAGCAACGUUAGCACUUCUGUUAUAUUGUACGUGUUUGCACUGAUUAGAUGUAGUGUUGCAUUUGACAGGCGUGCAGAAGACGCGUGAAUUUUUGUAGGUCAAAUGCGAAGAUGGUGAUGAACAAAUGUCAUAGUAGCACUGGCUCUGAGCGCAUAUCAAAAUUCAUGUUCAUAACGCUGUGAUGGUUGUACCUAGGGCAUUUUCUUAGUGGCAUGGACACAUUUUAAGAAGGGCAAUAAUAAAUUAAGAUUAAUCAUAUUUUUAAAAUAAUUUUGUUUAGUAUUCAUGAAUGUUUUGUCGGAUGUUUAUGUUAGGACUAAGCUUUUCUUGUAACCCCGAAAUUUUUUUCAAUGGUGUAGGGUAGAUUUUUGGAGACUUUGUCCAUUGCUGAUGUGAUUUUACUAACCGACCAAUUUGUAUCCAGUGCCAAUCAUGUUUGAAGUGGAUUGUUUGACAACCAUGGCAACCAUACCCAUCGAAGUAUGACUGAUUUUUUUUUCUCUCCAUUGUGAACUAUUUUAUGCAGUUUUGUAGAGCCCAUGUCAUCUGCCACUCAGUAUGCCUUUUUGUUAUUUGUUUUUCUGUUUAAUGUAAUAAUCCUGUUUCUUAAUUUUUGAAAUAUUUAUGAAUUUGUUAACAUUCAAAUCAGAAGCACACUCAGGACCGAUCUCCGGAUUGUCUGUUUCCUACCUUGCUUCCACACUUAAUCGUCCUUUUGGAGGCUCUGGUCUGAUUGUAUUGCCCUUUUUCUUGACUUUUAGUAUUGUGAUUGCUCAAAAUAAUGACUGACGACGCGACCCGAGGGCCGCAGCCAUAGUGUAUUGUAUUGCACACUCCUGAUAUUCUAGUGACUGAAUAAACAUUAUUAUUUAACAAAAAC